CCCUCUCUUGGCCGGCGGCGCUUGUUGUUUGGCGGCGGCGGCCGCGGCUCGGGUCCCCCUCGGCGCCCCCGCCGCCGUCCGCGCGCGGCCAUGGAGCUGGAGGUGCCGGACGAGGCGGAGAGCGCCGAGGCGGGGGCCGUGCCCUCGGAGGCGGCGUGGGCGGCGGAGAGCGGGGCGGCGGCAGGUUUGGCUCAGAAGAAGGCAGCCCCGACAGAGGCCCUGUCCAUGACGGCACAGCCGGGCCCUGGCCAUGGGAAGAAGUUGGGCCAUCGAGGUGUGGACGCAUCCGGCGAAACCACCUACAAGAAGACCACCUCCUCCACCCUGAAGGGCGCCAUCCAGCUGGGCAUCGGCUACACCGUGGGCCACUUGAGUUCCAAGCCCGAGCGGGAUGUGCUCAUGCAGGACUUCUACGUGGUGGAGAGCAUCUUCUUCCCCAGUGAAGGCAGCAACCUCACCCCUGCCCACCACUUCCAGGACUUCCGCUUCAAGACCUAUGCACCUGUCGCCUUCCGCUACUUCCGGGAGCUCUUCGGGAUCCGGCCAGACGAUUACUUGUACUCCCUGUGCAACGAGCCGCUGAUCGAGCUGUCCAACCCGGGCGCCAGCGGCUCCCUCUUCUACGUCACCAGCGAUGAUGAGUUCAUCAUCAAGACCGUCAUGCACAAGGAGGCCGAGUUCCUGCAGAAGCUGCUCCCCGGAUACUACAUGAACCUCAACCAGAACCCGCGUACGCUGCUGCCCAAGUUCUACGGGCUGUACUGCGUGCAGUCGGGGGGCAAGAACAUCCGCGUGGUGGUCAUGAAUAACAUCCUGCCGCGCGUGGUCAAGAUGCACCUCAAGUUUGACCUCAAGGGCUCCACCUAUAAGCGGCGUGCCAGCAGGAAGGAGAAGGAGAAGAGCUUCCCCACCUACAAGGACCUGGACUUCAUGCAGGACAUGCCCGAGGGGCUCCUGCUGGACGCCGACACCUUCAGCGCCCUGGUGAAGACGCUGCAGCGGGACUGCCUGGUGCUGGAAAGUUUCAAGAUCAUGGACUACAGCCUGCUGCUGGGUGUGCACAACAUCGACCAGCACGAGCGUGAGCGGCAGGCGCAGGGCGCGCAGAGCACCUCGGAUGAGAAGCGGCCCGUGGGCCAGAAGGCACUCUACUCCACGGCCAUGGAGUCCAUCCAGGGCGGCGCCGCGCGUGGGGAGGCCAUCGAGUCGGACGACACGAUGGGCGGGAUCCCUGCCGUGAAUGGCCGCGGGGAGCGGCUACUGCUGCACAUCGGCAUCAUCGACAUCCUGCAGUCGUACAGGUUCAUCAAGAAACUGGAGCACACCUGGAAGGCCCUCGUCCAUGAUGGGGACACCGUGUCCGUCCACCGCCCCAGCUUCUAUGCUGAGCGCUUUUUCAAGUUCAUGAGCAACACGGUCUUUCGGAAGAACUCCUCCCUGAAGUCCUCACCCUCCAAGAAGGGGCGCGGUGGAGCCUUGCUGGCCGUCAAACCCCUGGGGCCCACAGCCGCCUUCUCCGCCAGCCAGAUCCCCAGUGAGCGGGAGGAGGCCCAGUAUGAUCUGCGGGGGGCCCGCAGCUACCCCACGCUGGAGGACGAAGGCCGGCCUGACCUCCUGCCCUGCACGCCACCGUCCUUUGAAGAAGCCACUACAGCCUCCAUUGCCACGACUCUGUCAUCCACAUCCCUCUCCAUUCCUGAGCGGUCCCCCUCGGAGACAUCAGAGCAGCCCCGGUACAGACGGCGCACACAGUCCUCUGGACAGGAUGGCAGGCCACAGGAAGAGCCACCCACGGAAGAUGGCCUGCAGCAGAUUACGGUGCAGGUGGAGCCCACGUGCAGCGUGGAGAUCGUGGUCCCCAAAGAGGAAGACUCAGGGGUGGAGGCUUCCCCGGCCGGUGCCUCUGCUGCUGUGGAAGCAGAAACUGCCAGCCAGGCCUCGGACGAGGAGGGUGCACCCGCCAGCCAGGCCUCAGACGAGGAGGACGCGCCCGCUACUGACAUCUACUUUUUCACGGAUGGGAGGUACUGGAUUUACUCUCCCCACCAUCGCCGACUGCGGGCCGUGACGUUGAGCGCCUCGGGGACUCCCACCGAUGAGAGGAGCUGGGUGUACUCCCCGCUCCACUAUAGCACCCAGGCCCCCCCGGCCUCCGACGGCGAGAGCGACACAUAAUUUCUAUGCAGUCCCCGACCCAGAGCCGAGCGCCGCUUUCGCUCUGGCCGCCCCCAGAGGCGCUGCCCACCCCGCUGAGGCCCAGAGCUCGGGAGAC